GAUCUGAAGCAGCAGAUGUCGGAUCUGCUCCCGUUAAUCCCAGUCCUGGACCAGUUCCGCUCGGAUUCGCGUCUGAUCCCAUUUCUGAUGAUUUUGACCCCAUUUCUGAUGAUUUUAACCCCAUUUCUGAUGAUUUUAACCCCGUUUUUUGCCGUUUUUGGGUGUUUUCCCAGGAUCUGAAGCAGCAGAUGUCGGACCUGCUCCCGUUGCUCCCAGUCCUGGACCAGUUCCGCUCGGACUCGCGGCUGAUCGCGGCGCUGAGGGCCGAGGUGGCCGAGGUGUCGCUGGCCCUGCUGGCCCUGCAGGAGGAGUUGGGAGCCUUCGACUACGACGAGCUCCAGCAGCGGCUCCUGCUGCUCCAGGCCCAGCUCCACGCCUGCCUCCACAACUGGGUGUGGUACAUGGAUGGUUACCUCCGUGGCCGCCGCGUGCUGGAGUUCCGCUCCCUCGACGACUUCGCCGCCGGCCAGAACUUCAUCCAACACCUCCUGCCUCACCCCUGGGCGGGCACGGGGCACGUGGUGUUCAACGGCUCCCUCUUCUACAACAAGUACCAGAGCAACGUGGCCGUCAAGUACCACUUCGGCUCCCGCAGCGUCCUGGCCCAGCGGAGCCUCCCCGGCGCCGGCUACAACAACACCUUCCCCUACUCGUGGGGAGGGUUCUCCGACAUCGACUUCAUGGCCGAUGAGAGCGGCCUCUGGGCCGUCUACACCACCCAGCAGAACGCGGGCAACAUCGUCCUCAGCAGGCUGGACCCGCACAGCCUGGAGGUGCUGCGCUCCUGGGACACCGGGUACCCCAAGCGCAGCGCCGGCGAGUCCUUCCUGAUCUGCGGCACCCUGUACGUCACCAACUCGCACCUGGCCGGGGCCAAGGUGUACUUCGCGUACGACACGGGCAGCUCGAGCUACGAGUACACCGACAUCCCCUUCCACAACCAGUACUCCCACAUCUCCAUGCUGGACUACAACCCC